UGAAUAUUAUGAAUACCGUAAUGCGAGUAGCAAUAUAUUCGAAAUCAUGUCUAAAGGUGAACUUUCGAGCUCUACGUUUGACACGGUAUAUUUGGCAUCGCAGACGUCACCACGCAAUAAAAAUGUUGCAUGUUAAUAUAGCAUUUUUAUAAAAUUAAACGCACUGAUUCAUGACUGGCUCUUCAAAAAUGCGAUAUGGAAAGAUAUUUUACUAUGUGUACAGGAAUCCCAAAAUAUUCCUAUUUACGGCGACGUGUUAUGUUAACAGUUUGGUUUUGUUCAUCAUCAUCGUCAUUAACAGCCGAUGGAAGUCCACUGCUGGACAUAGGCUUCUUGCACAGGCUUCUAAACACCACGGUCUCGAGCCCCUCCACCCAGCAGUUUCCUGCAACCCGCUCCGCUUGAUCUCUUCGUUCAACAAUUCGGUCGUUUUGUCUACCUCCAAAGAAUUAUCUUGAAAAUCAAAUUGUUAUUAUUGCCCAAUCUGUUAAUUUUUACAAUUAAUUAUUUCAUCAACGUAGUCACUAAUUUAUAACUGUAGAUUCUGGAUCAAAACUUAUAGGGAGUAUAGGCCAAAAUCUUUGGGGAUUUAAUGUCAAUUGAUCGAAGCGAGAUCAAGAAUCCCCAGUAUCCCCAAUAUCAGAAUACUACUGUGGUCAAGCAACGCAGUAGUGACAGACUGCGAAAUAUCCCUGAGGCCCAUGCGGCUGUGGGCAGGUGGUCCCAAGUUCACAAGGAUUUAUAUUAAUCUACUAUUUCAUCGACAAAGACCUCAAACUCAAAUAUCCUCGUAGAAGCUUCAGAUUCAGGGACAGUCUCAGCGAAUAACAAACAAAACACUUCUAUUUCUAGUCAAUUCAUUAAAAUUUCUUUUUGAUUUUUCAUUACUACCUAGCAUUUUAAACUUCUGAACAGACAUAUUAUUAGAGAUAUUAUCUUCUAAUGUAAUGUCAGUUGUUCAGAACUUGAAGAAGAAAUGGGAUGGGAUUACUUAUCACAUAAAGACGAGGCAUCAAAGUUGGUUCGAGAGUCCACUUUUAGAAUUUGAUAUAUUCUCUCAAUAUAAUAAUCCAAAAUAAAUUUCAAGCUUCCAAUUAAUUCAAAACUACUUAAGCUAUAAACUAUUUUUAUAAAAUUUUAACUUGUUUGUACAUAGAUGUUUUAAUUAUUAUUUUCGAAUGGUCCAAUAAUGUAUAUUAUGUAUUUUAAUAGCUUCUAAUUAAUAUUCUUUAACGUGUAUUUAUAAGUAAGAAUUUUAGAAGAAUCGCUUUAUUAAGUAGAAUUUCUAGUUGUAAAAAUAAUUUUCCACUACAAUAACACUCUUUUAGCCUCAAACAAUUAUAGUCAUCAUAAAAAUAUUAUUUCCUCCUACACAUUAAUUCCUUCCACUCAUUAUUUUAUGACAAAAUAAUAAAUUCAUUAGGUAAUAAGCAAAUGUAACUUAUUCGAGUAUAUCGAAAAUAAACAUUUGUACCUACUUAUUGGAAUCAUAUAUUAUAUAUACCUACCUAGGUUCCUACCUUUCAGGUAAGACAUUUCCACUUGAACGUAAGUAUAGAUAGGUACCUAUACUAAAUUAGGAAGAAAACUAACUUUAUUUAGCUUACACCCUGACAUGAAAUUAAUGAUCACAAAGCAAAAUGCCAGAGGUUACCUCUAAACUUUAAUGUCCUGUAAAAUAUCUCUAACUGACCAAUCACAGGCACAGGCCUUCCCUCUGAAUACACCGGCUUCAGACAUAUUCGAUUCAAGUAAUGUAUAUCUACCUAUAUAUUAUUACAAAAAAACAUAAGAUUCGUGUUUUUUGUACUCUAAAUGUAGUAUAGGCAUUUUAUAAUUAUAAUUAUUUUGGCAAGUCUAAAUUCCGCAAUUUAGUCGAUAAUCAAUACAUGAUACUGCACUGUGACACCAUCUACGUUUAUUAUACAAGGUGUUCCGUAAUUACUCAUAAAGGGUAAAACGCAAAUAUCAGAUACAUUUGAUUAGUUUUGAAAAAAAAUCAAAUUAUUUUUAGAUAAUUAGGUGGUUUUUCUGAUAUUUGCGUUUUAUCCAUUAAUUACUGGAUAUCUUCAAAGCUAAUAACAUCUAUUAUAAAAGCAAUUGUAAUACUAUGUAGAAGUAGGUAUUUAAAUUCAAAGGAUAUCUUGAAAAAACUGCCAUGCAACGUUAAUCAUUCAUUAUUAUAUAAAGUCAUUGUCUUGUUAUCAAAUUAUCUUUUGCUGUAAAUAAGAUUACAAAUAAGAUUAGAAAUAUUUAGUCGUAUAAAGCUGGAAAGCUUGUAAAACGGAUGAGUGAAUCUAGUCAUUUUCUAGUCUUUAGUAGACUGACGUUAGUACGGUCGUAAAACUUAAUCUUAAGCUGGUAGUUUAUUAUUAUUUAUUAUAUUUAUACAUAACUAAUAACAUAUACCUCACAUACUAUAAUUUUAUAGUUAUGAAAUAGAUCAGAAAGUGUAGACGGUAUAAUCAUUAUAGCAUUUACCCAUACAAAAGAAUACCAUGGUUUUCUGAAAUAUUUUUUUCAUAUUUUUUUUUGUGUACAGAUAAGGCAGAUCCUAUAACUUAAAUAAGAGACCAAUAAUGUUGAUUUUUGUGUUAAUAAAAAACAAAACAAGCUUCGAAGCACUAUGGCGGUCAGAUUGACUGUCUCGAAGCUUAUGUUACUUUCAUAACCCCAAUCUUCCUGGUUGCUACAGUCCAUAUUUCAUAUAGCAAUGCUUAGUAAUCUAUAGAUGUAUAACCAUUGCAUUACAAGGUACAUUCUAUAUUCCCGAGUGUAGUAUACUAGUAUGUAGUGAUAAGUGGGGUGGAUAGAUUUUAAAACACAAAGUUUGAUAUAAAUUUGAUGUCAUUUAAAUAAAUUACCAAAAGACAACAUAAUAGGUACCGAUGCGUAUUAACAACAGUCUACUUUUACAAUUUUAUCUACUACCCUACUUACCUAAUUAAAGUUUUUAUAGAACACUGAAAUAUAUUAUGUCUAGCACAAACGUCAUAGCUUUGUGAUAAGAUAGUUGUCAAAAUAGAGGUCGCUAUCAAUUCGACAUUAUUGGUUUCUAUUACGUCUCUCUUUGGAUUUCUGCUUUAAUCUGACGCAGUCUUGCAAAAUUUGAAAGAAAAUGGUCAUUGUAUUAUCACAAUCGAAAAAGACAAGAAUCGAUUUUAUGGCUGUUUAAAAUUUUUAAACAUCAAUAAAAUCGUUUCAUUGCUCUAGUCGUGAGUUGUGUGACAACUAAUGAUAGUAUGAAUUUAACGAUAGUCAUACAUUUUCUGUUGACUAAAUUAUAUUUGGUCCAAGCAUUUAUUUUUAUACUGCCCUGGUCUGACCACACAAUAAAAAACCCUAUGUUCCGGAAAAGGAGAUAAUGCUAAAAUGUCUUAAAAUAUAAAAGAAUAUUUCGUGAUAAUACGUCGUAUUUCAUAUGAAAUAACAACGUUUUUUAAUGAAAAAGAUAAUGUUUGGACCAAGUACAGUUCUAAUUAUAAUACCUAAGUUAGAUCAUAUUAAUCUUGUAGCACACUUAGAAAUCUCACAUGCAGGAUGAUAUAAUUUAAGGGUCUCAUCCCUUUAAAGCAGAGUGUGGGUACCUUAACCUACUUAUCAUUAACAUAGCUGUGGUAAAUCAAGGUAUAAAAGAUAUAUACCCGAAUACGAUAAUGAUACAUUUAUAGUGCAAAACCAAUUAUUUAUUUAAUUCUUACAAUGUAUGGUUUUCUUAGUCACCGCAAUCACCAAUAGAUAUUUUUGUUUGGGCGGUAUAUUUGUAAGGAUAUUGGCGUGGUACAUCAAAACGCGAAUUCGAUGUUACUUAUCAUUAAUCGUUUUAGGUUUUUUCAUAAAUGAAUGUCGACAAUUUUGUAUUGAUUUCCAUAAAAAAAUCACGUAAGUAAACCUGGGAUAAUUGAUACAAUCUCUCUUACUUAUGGACUUAUUCAAUCUAGUUUAUAAUCGAGAGAGUUGUUAAGUGAAUUGUACCUAUUAACCAAAGUAAAAAUAUUCACUUACGUUAUUAUGACAUUAAAGCGAAGUUAACCCUCAGCCCUUCACGAGGCCAUGACUUCAGAAGUAAUCUUACAAAUUGACAAUUUAACAUUUUUCUGGGACCUCAUGGUAAUGGUUACACCACUACAUAUUUUUUAGUAAAUGAUUUGUAGCAUCGAAUUUACAAUUUGAUGAUUAGGUGUAAGGCAACACAUACGUAAUUCACUUCUCUAAACAUUUUUAUGUUAAAAAUAAAAGCAGGCUAAUAUAAUUAUUAUUAUUAUUAUUAUAGCUUUAUUUCCACUUAACAGUUUUACAAUACAUAAAAUGUUACAAUAAAUUUUAAAGUAAUUCUGUUAUUUUGUUAUGUGGCCCUCCAUGGGUAAAAGCCUCCUCCAUCUUUUUCCAAUUUUCCCUAUCUUUGGCCAUAUGCAUCCAGUUUUUUCCUGCUGUUUUUAUUAUAUCAUCGACCCAUCUCUUUUUCUGUCUUCCUACAUUUCUUUUGCCAAUUGGGCCCUGCCAUUUAGUUGUUUGGUAAGUCCAUCUCUUAUCUUUAUAUCUUGACAAGUGACCAGCCCAGUUCCAUUUUUGUUUUAAACUAACGAUAUUUAAUUUACGAUUAAAUAAAAUCGUGAUACUACUUUAUUUCGUAUCCAUAUUCUAUUAAUGGCUGGGCCGAUUAAGGUUUUCUUAAUUGGUCCAGGUCUGUCUAGUUACCUACCUACCGGCAAAGACGUACCGCCAAGCGAAUUAGCGUUCCAGUACGAUGUCGUGUAGAAACCGAAAGGGUGUGGAUUUUCAACCUACCUAUUCCUAACAAGUCAGCCUGCUUCCAUCUUAGAUGGCAUCAACACCACCAUCAGGUGAGAAUGUAGUCAAGAACUAGUUAACUCAAGGCUAAAUUGUAUUUAAUUAAAAAAAAAAUAUGUCAAGAAGGCUUAUACAACACCUACAGACUUUUGAAACAUCAAGUUUGACUCUAGUCACCAUUCUUAAAACUCUACUAUCGGAUCAGAUGGCAGUUUCUAUUGAGAAGAGCCGGUAAUAAACUCCCUUUAAGUUUAGCCUGUUAAAAUUAAAAUUUAAAAAAAAAUGUGAAAAGAGUGAAUUACGCAUGUGUUAAGGUUUUUGCGGAAAGCAAAACAGAGCACGAUGGAAGUUACAAAUUCGAGUAGGCAUAGGUUCGUACGAAUUCGUAGGUAGAACACGAUAGGUGGGACAUGUAUGCAAUACAUCAAUAGUUUUUACUCCUUAUGAAGUAGGUUUAAUGUAAAUAACCAUAUUUUGUGGUAAAAGCUAAUUAAGACUUAGAUUUUAAUUAAAAUGUAAUUAGUACGUAUAGUUUAUAAAUAUUUAUUAGUAUCAAAUGAAAUGGAAUCAUUUUAACUUUGAUUUGGAGUCAUUUCAACAUUGCUUUUGUUUGUUUGCGGACAGUUCUCAUAACCAAUGAAAUUAACCUAAGCUACCCAAAAUUGUGUAAUCCAUGAUUGAGAAAGUGGGAGAAAAGGCCUCGUGUACGUAGACAGCUAUACUUUGGUGGGAUCAAAUCCAGUGGCUUACCACAAUCUUUUGCAAAACCAUCAUUAUUUCCAUCUUAAUUGUGAAUGAAAUGGUCGAUGACGAUCAAAAUUGCAAUACAAAACAAUCCUGCGAUAAGCUUAUUGGGUCGGGGUACGAAAUGUCAAAACAUUAUGGAAUCGCUACGGAUUUAGAACUUGUGGUAAGGUCACAUCAAAGUACACGAGGCUUUCAGAUGCGGGUAGAAUGUUUUUAGUUCCAAUUUUUAGAUAGAUUUAUACACUUUAUUUGUAAACCACAAAGACAAAUACAAGUGACAUAAAAACAUAUUAGGAAGAGAUCAGCAUACAAAAGGUGGCCUUAUCGCUAAGUAGCGAUUUAUUCCAGGCAACCUUCGGUUUAGAAAAACAACUUGAGGACAUCAGCAGGUUUUAGUCUCCUAUUUUAGUUUAUUUAUAUAUUUAUGUUGCACCUUUCGCUCUUUCUCCGCAAAUAAGCCGAUCUAGGAAGCAACUAAUAACGUUUACAGUUGCAACUUGCCAUAUUGACUCCAAGCACUCCAAAUUAGGUCACCUGCUAAUUUAGUUUUAGGUGACUCUGUUUAAACACAUCACUAACAUACAUUCGUUUAUAAUAUAUAUAUAAAAUAUAUCUUGUGUAGUACGAGCGUUAUCAUCUAAGUCGGUAUUAUGAUAUAUAUUUGCUUUGUGUAAUUUAAAGCCUAGGCAAUAAGAUGCUGCGAUUAGAUAACACAGGCAAUAAUUAAAUAAUCUGUUUAUAAGGAACAAUUUUAAGUAAAUUCAAGAUGAAACAAAAAGAACACAUUUUUUACAUUUUUUACUGAAUUUAAAACAACCACUUAAGCUCCGUAUAUUUAUAGUAAUUAGUAUACAAAUGUAUAAAUAUAUAAAAUUGAAUUGGCUUUCAAAUUGAUCUCAAAUGUCUAGUCGUAGAAUGUAGUUGAUUUCUAGUCACUGAUGUAAAAAAUGUAUAUAAAUGAUAUGUAAUAUUUAAACUAGAUAGAUAUACCUAAUAAUAAUAAUAAUUAUAAACAACGUAAUAAGAAACAAUGUAAUGAUAAACAACAUAAUAAGAAACAAUCUAAUGAUAAACAAAUGUAGGUACGACUAAGUAAUGUAUUUUUGGCCGACAACGGAAAAUGUUUUUCAUACAAACAAACUCGUAUAGCAUCCUAAUGUGUUUUGUCUAUCCAUCACUCAUUGAAUGUUUUCUCAUAUAACCAUCUAAUGGAGAUAAAAUCGGUUCAUGCGUUAUUAGAUAAAGUUAACUGAGUCAGUCACUGACGCUGUUUGACAAGAUUAAUCCAAUUUUAGCUAGCAAAUAAAAAGUUGUGUAUCUUUAAAUAAUCUGCAAGAAAUAAUCUGAAUUUAUCACUUGUUUGUGAAGGCAAAACACGUAAUGUGAAGUGUUACAAUGGUAGUUUGGAUGUUCAUUGCAAUGACCUACAAAAUAAAUGCUAAAAUAUUGAGUAACGUCAGGAAAGAGGACAACAAUAUUAUUUUAAAUUGUAUAAUACCCGUCCUACAUAAUACAAAACCUACCUUGAAUAAGACAAAAACGCGAAUCUAAAGGUCUGUUAUUAAUAUGGACGAAAGGCAGCAAUUAGCCCGAAUCACACUUAUCAGCGAAGAUUUAGGUUUAGCUAGGUUUAGUCAAAGUAAGAAAAAGAUAAAUAUUUGAAAAAUAUUAGGGAAAAUAGUGUCUCUAUUCCAAAAUUUAACAGCACUUUAUUUUUAUAAAAAAAAUAGAUGGUUUUGGAUGCGACAGUGCUUCCAUCUGUUAUGGAAUGCUUAUCGCCUUUGCCAUCUAUUAAAAUUAAAUAAAUGGCCUCAAUAGUUCGACAGCUAAGGUCGGAAUCGGAUUCUAUAGCCCCGUUAAAACAAAGGAAAUAUACUUAGGUUGUAUUUUAAAAAAAAUGCCAAAUAUUCUUUAAAAAAAAUUACUAAUUCCGUUUAUCCCAGAGGUAGAGCGUGCAUCGUGCAAUAUUUUGUAAAAAAUAUCUAGAUCUAGUUACUUACGAAAUUUUCAUCCAAGAUCGAAGAAAAUCUCUAAUAAAAAUAAAAAAAACAUAUCUGUAAAAUCCAAGUUCCACUCAGACUAACAGCUCAUCUAUAAAGAAAUUGGAUCGAUGUUGCCAAAUGUGAUUCAGGCUUUAGAGAUUACAAAACCAAUACAUAUUACUUCCAAACCAAACCCAUUCGUAGCAAAACAGGAUCACUACAAGUCUUCUAUAGUAGGUAACUAUUCGUAAAAUACCUGGAUAACAGUUAUUGUAGUUGCCAUUUUCCUCUUAAUAUUUUUUUGUAGUCUAUAAAGAUAAGUUUAUUGUCUAAUGUUUGUAUAACGUCAUAUCUACGAGAUAUGCGAUAUUAGCGAUGUAAAAAUGAGUCUCAAGUACACAAAAAAUAGGAGAUGUAAAUAUAUAUUACGAUAAUACUUAUCCAUUACGAUGUUAUAAGCCAGAUGUGAAAAUAAGAUAAAGUUCUAUCAACAAAAUCUAAACCCCGGCUAUUAACAUUUUUUUUUAAUUAAGACGUGCAUUUUGUUUAUAUUAUGUGCAAUAUUCUGUUCUAAAAUAAAUGAGGUCUUAAUGGUCUAAUUAUCGUAAUUUUAUUUAGCUCUCAGAUUUGCUAUUAUAUAAAAGUGAUGAUAUAAUUCUUCGUGGCAAGACUAAGCCACAAAUACCCAUAUUUAUUUAACGUGAUAGACUUAUCUUCUGUUAGUUGAUUUAUCUGUUUCCUUAUCCUUACAUAAUUACAUUGCUUUAAGAUGGUUUCACAGUGGCGAAAUAUGGAGAGAAUGAGAUUUUCAAGAAUUGAAACCCUGAAAGACAAUUCAAAAGAAAAAAUUUAAUGGUCGUCCUGGUUUCUUAAUUGAAAGAGCUACCUAUAUUCGUAGGGACUUUUUUGUGAAUAAUGUCUCUUCUAUUUGCACAUUUUUAUAGAAUUUAAGAGACCUCUACAAAAGUAAUUCUAAAGGUCGAGGCCGUUAGUUUAUUUCUAUGUGACUUAUGAAACAAAUAUAUAAGUACCGACUAUACCUUUAUCUUUGUGUCAUGUAUAAAUACACACUACACCUUACCUACCUAACAUUAAACACUUUUUUUUUUCUAGAAAAAUGUUUUAUGUUUCCUUGUCAUAAGUAAUAAAAAGGCGUAGAUAUAAUAAAUAUGAUAAGUGUGUAACAUAAUAUUAUUAAUAAGUAUGUAAUGUGUUUAAUAUAAAUGAAUUCCAUUAAUAAUACUACCUACUUUUGUAAACUUAUCCAAAAUGUAAUUUUAAUGUAUAAGACGUUAACAUUAAAUGAUAAUUUGUGACCAAAAAAGUAAAUUACCUAUUAAUUAUUUUUGAUGUUUUAUUAAGUUAUAAUUUUAUUUAAUGUUGUAGUUAUGAGAACUAUUCCAGUAAGUCAAAAGUGAUUUAGGUUACUUAGAUAUCUACUUAAUUAUUAUUUUCAAAUAUUUGUUAAUAUUUUGAUGGUGUAUUCAACGUAAGAAUAUUUUGUAAGAUCUUAACAAAAUUUAAAUAUAAAAUACUUGUACUAAUGUUGUAAAAUAAAGUAAGAAAACUACUUAAAAAUUGUGUCGCUAAUCCAAAUUUUAGGAGCAAUAAUUGAAAGUGGCAUAUCGAAAAUUGUAAAGAUUUACUGAGAUGUGGUGAUUUAAGUACCUAUAGCAUAGUAGUGAGAGUUGUGAAAAUAAAAAAGAUUAAUCACUUGAAAA